CAGAAGUCGUUGGUUAAAGGGCACCACAAUGGUGUUUAUGUUGUCAGUAGCAUAGCAAAAAUUUAACAGAAAAAUGUCUGCACCCGAACUUUUGCAAAUUUUCCUCAUGUCCGAAAGGAUACGGCAGCUUCGAAUGCGAGCUAUAAUUCACCAAAGGAUCAGUGCAGCAGCCAGACAACGAGCUAAACGUCUCACACUUAUUUAUCUCGCAACAGUUGCAAGAGAACGAGAAGCUGCAGCAUCACAGGGAUCACAGUCACUAUCAUCGGAAAUUAAUGCAUUUCGGGGAAUGGAGAUGCCCAGAUUGUCAGAAGAAGAGUUUUUGGAACGAUUUCACAUAUCAAAAGGAUCAUUCAACUUCAUUCUGGAUAAAUUGUCCUUUCAACUGAAUAGAUUGAAGAUCAUUCCAGUUUGGAAGCAAGUUGCUGUAUCAUUGGCUGUUUUAGCAUCCACGGAAUCCUUCAAGACAAUCGGGGAGAUUUUUGGGAUUGACCGAGGGACUGUGUCAAAGGUUCUUUUGGAAUUUUGCUAUGGAGUCAAUUUGAUCUUGCAAGAGGAAUUUAUGAAGUUUUAUCCUCCAACGGCUGAGACGAUUUCGAAGAAUCGCGAAGGAUUUGAGGCUCUGUCGGGACUUCCUCAAGCUUAUGGGGCUGUUGGACUCUUCCGGAUAAUUGUGAAAACCAUUGAUAAGAAGAUGCGAUCUUCUAUGAAGAUUUUAGCAGCAGCUGAUCACAGAAAUAAAUUUACAUACGUGGAAGUGGGACUGUCGGACGAGAGGAGUGAUGUCUUUGAGAAAUCUCUCCUCAAAGAUUACCACAAAUGCAAUAAAUUAUUCUACGACAUGUCUCGCAAGUUGGGAGAAGCUUCCGUUCCCAUCUUCCUCGUUGGAGACUCGAAUUUUCAACUUCAGCCCUACUUGAUUACACCCUACCACAACACUGAUCUAUCCCCGAAUGAGGUGUACUUCAAUGCUGUUCUUAGGAAAUCUCAUAAGUGUGUUGUUGAUGCUUUUGCACAGGCCAAAAAGCGUUUUCCCAGGCUGGAAAAGUGUAAGAAUGUCCAAGCAGAUCGUGUACCGCUCCUUAUGAAAACCAUCUGUAUUCUUCACAAUAUUCUAAUUGAGAGAAAUGACCUGUUGAAUGAAUCUCCAAGUGAUGAGGAAUCUCCCCGCUUAGCACCAAUUGCAAUAGAUGAAGAUGGAAUGGGGAUGAGGAUUCGAGAUGAGAUUGCAAGUGAAAUCUUUAGCUCAUGUCGUUUGGGUGGUGGCGGAGUUGGGGGACGAUGUUCAGGUUCAACUUUGUAAAUCUCCUCAACAUCAGCAUCCUGAGGAUUCAGCGAGAUAACGCUGUGAUUUGAGUUGGACUCCACAUUAUUUGUCAACUCAUUUUCAUCUUCAGACUUGAGGGGAUCAUGCGAGAUGGGAUGCUGCAUCAUCAUUGAGUGAAAAUCAUUGUAGAAGACCCAUGUUGUUUUGUACUUUAAAUUCUCCUUCAUCCUACUCUUUUCAGUUCUGUGCAGUUUUUUUUUUGUAAAGUGAUGUUGUUAGUAUUAAAUCGAACAUAAAACAAAA